AUGGCAACCCUAAGGGUCCUCUGUCUCUGUGUCCUUCUGCUCUCCCUCCCUCUGUGCUCUCUCUCAAGACCCCUCUCUCUUUCCAGCCCUUCUUUAUCAUUUAAAGUAGCCCUCAUACACCGUGACUCUCCCUACUCCCCCAUACAUGACCCCUCGCCCUCGCCCUCCGACCUCUUCAGGCUCUCUGCACAACGCUCCCUCUCUCGCCUUCAACACUUCCAAUCAGUCCUCACUGGCAAAUCCUCACCGUCAAAAUUGGCCUCAGAGGUUAAAGCAGGUUCCUCUGAGUACCUCAUGAGGGUCGGGAUCGGGACCCCUGCAGAGCCAUAUUGGCUUAUUGCCGACACAGGGAGCGACCUAACUUGGACUCAAUGCCUCCCUUGUUCCAAUUGCUUUGAGCAAAACGUGCCGAUUUUUAACCCCAAAUCAUCUUCAACAUACCUCUCCCUUAACUGCUCCUCAACCCUCUGCCAAAACCUUAAGAAUAACCGCAAAUGUGGUGGCUCAUCAUGCCAAUACGACUAUCAUUAUGGCGACGGCUCGGCUACCAGUGGUAAACUUUCAACUGAAACUUUCACCUUUGAAACCCCCAAGUCCACCUUAACAUCCCUUAAAGCUAGCAUUAGUACUAAUCCAAUUUUCAGUCUCACUACAACUCUUAGUACUGAUCCCAUGGAAACCAGCACUAGUGCCACUUUUAGUACUGAUCGUCGCACUGGUGCCAAAAUCAAGGGGCUUGGGUUUGGGUGUGGCAACUCAAAUACUGGGGGCUUCGGCCAAAAUGGUGAGGUUGGUCUAGUCGGGCUUGGAGGUGGUCCCUUGUCUCUAAUCUCUCAAUUAGGGAGCUCAAUUUCAAACAAAUUCUCGUAUUGCCUGCCAUCAAGGCUCGACGAGAAUAUGACCAGUGUGUUGAAUUUUGGCAAGAAUGCCGCUAUCCAAACGUCUGAUGUUUCAAGCACACCUUUGAUUCAGCUCGAAGAUUCCCCUACCUUCUUUCUCUUGAAUCUAACAGGCAUCAGCGUCGGGUCGAAGAGGCUCGACAUACCUCCACUUUUCUUUGAUCCAACCCAAAGAGGGGAACCGUUCGUGAUAGAUUCAGGGACCACUCUCACUAUCCUGGGGCCUGGUGUUUACUAUAUACUGGCCGUCGAAGUCGAGAAAGCGAUCAAUCUUCCGACAACUGAUCCUCCCCGCCCAUUUAGUCUUUGUUACAAGGUGCCUGAUUCUGGUAAUAUCACCGGAAUACCGAAUAUUACGUUCCACUUUUCAGGCAACGCCGACUGGAUAAAUGGGCCAGAGAAUUCAUUUAUUCCCCUAGAUGAUGGACAUAUGAUUUGCCUGGGAAUACUAGGUAGUGGUCAGGGUAUGUCCAUUUUAGGAAAUUGGGCGCAGCAAAAUAAGUUGGUGGAGUACGAUGUUGGAAAGGGAAUGCUUUCCUUUGCACCUGCUCGUUCCUGCGAGGUUUAG